CUCACUAAUUUAAAUGACAAAAGCUAAUAUAGAAAAUCCCAAUGUUCCAAGUUCAUGAACCCAAUCCAAUGACCCUUCCCUAUAAAUACCCAUAUCCACUUCUUCUUCCAUGCAUCCUCUCUUCUUACUUGCCAAUUUCUCAUACAGUCAGUCAAGCAAGCAAGCCAAAGCCAGACAUUCAAAGAAGGAAAAUGCCGCCAUCUCCGUCGUCUCUUACUCUUGUCUCCAAAUGCACUGUCUUCCCUGAUCAGAAAUCCGCCAUGGAAGACCUCAAGCUUUCUGUUUCUGACCUCCCUAUGCUCUCUUGCCAUUAUAUUCAAAAGGGUGGUCUCUUCACUCGUCCUCCUAUUCCAAUUGAUUCCCUUGUUUCCCUUCUUAAGAAUUCUCUUUCUCAAACACUUUCUUGUUUCCCUCCUCUCGCUGGUCGCUUGAGAACCGACUCCAAUGGCUACGUAUACAUAACCUGCAAUGAUGCUGGGGUUGAUUUUUUGCACGCCAGCGCUACCCAUCUCUCCAUUCGCGAUAUUCUUUCUCCUGUUCAUGUCCCGGAGUGUGUCAAGAGCUUCUUUGCUUUUGAUCGGACGGUUAGUUAUGAUGGACAUUACAAGCCAAUCUUGGCUGUUCAGGUGACUGAGCUAGCUGACGGAGUUUUCAUUGGCUGUGCCUUGAACCACUCUGUCACUGAUGGAACUUCUUUCUGGAACUUCUUUAACACUUUCGCUGAGCUUUCAAGAGGAAUCAAGAAAAUCUCGCGGCGGCUGCAGCCUGAUUUUUCGAGAAACUCGGUGCUGAUUUCCCCGGAGGUGCUUCAAGUCCCCGAGGGUGGACCGAAGGUGACGUUUAAUGAAAACGAGCCAUUGAGUGAAAGAAUCUUUAGCUUUAGCAGAGAAUCCAUUUUGAAGCUAAAAGCCAGAGCUAACAACAGGAAAUGGAUUGAAAAUUCAGGCAUUGACGCUGUGGAAUUAAUGGGUAAACAAAGUAACGAUCCUUAUCAUCAUCAAAUCAAUGAAAAAUCGACGAUGACUGCAAUUCUUGAAAACUGGUUCAAGAAUGCCGUUUCGAAACCUCAAGAAAUGGAGUCCAGCAACAGUUCUUCAGCGUCGGUGGAGAUUUCUUCUUUUCAAUCUCUGUGCGCGCUGCUGUGGAAGGCUGUGACGCGGGCGAGGAAGCUGAGCCCAACUAAAACGACAACGUUCAGAAUGGCGGUGAAUUGCCGGCACCGGUUGAACCCGAAACUGGAUCCACUUUAUUUCGGAAACGCAAUUCAAAGCAUUCCGACGUACGCAACAGCCGGCGACGUGUUGUCUCAAGAUCUGCGAUGGUGCGCCGAACAAUUAAAUAAGAACGUUAUGGCUCACAAAGACACAAUGGUGCGUCGUUUCGUGGAGAAUUGGGAGGAAAAUCCAAAGUGUUUCCCGCUGGGGAACUUUGAUGGCGCAUCAAUGACAAUGGGUAGCUCACCUAGAUUUCCAAUGUAUGAUAAUGAUUUUGGGUGGGGCCGACCUUUGGCCGUUAGGAGUGGUGCGGCCAACAAGUUUGACGGCAAGAUCUCUGCCUUCCCAGGGCGGGAAGGCGGCGGAAGCGUUGAUCUGGAGGUGGUUUUGGCGCCUGAAACAAUGGCUGAGAUCGAGUCUGAUUAUGAAUUCAUGCAAUAUGUAUCUAACUGAGCUGAUGCUGAAUCAACGGUGAUGAUGAUGUUUUCUUGUUGGGGCUUUUUUCUAGGGUGAGGACAAUACCAGGGACGUCUUCAUCUUUUUGUAAUUUUGUGACAUAUUUUUUCUUGUAAUUUUGUUGCUUAUUCUAAUAUUUCGCAAAUUGGUAUUUUUUU